GCUCUGGAUGCUCGCCCGUCUCUAGGUGGUGCCAAAUUCCGGGGCCUAGGCAUUUUCCCUCCCUUUACGUGUUUUUUUUUUUCUUCUUCUUCUUCUUCAAUGGCUUUGAUUAGGCCGUACGUGGCCGUGGCAAGGAGUUAAAAAAAAAAAAAACAGAAAAGAGAACACACCCCCAGACCCCCGCUUCGCCGAGCCGCCGGGGGAGGGAGCGGAGGAGGCUGAGCCAGGCAGUCGCCCAGCGGCGACUUGAGAGUGGAGCGCGGGAGGAGCGGCCGCGCUGCCGCCGUCCUUUCUUCUCCUUCUUCUUCCCCUUUUCCCCCUGGAGGGGGUGGGGAGCGGGAGCCCGAGAGGGAGAAAGCCGAGAUAAAAACACCCCGAAGACAGCCAGCCAGGGCGCGCAGAGACCGAUGGCUUCGCUGUACCAGAGGUUCACAGGCAAGAUCAACACCUCGCGGUCCUUCCCGGCGCCCCCGGAGGCGAGCCACCUCCUGGGCGGCCAGGGGCCGGAGGAAGACGGCACGGGGCCCAAGCCCCUCGGAGCCCAGGCGCCGGCGGCGGCGCCCCGGGAGCGCGGCGGCGGCGCGGGCGGCCGGCCCCGGUUCCAGUACCAGGCGCGGAGCGACUGUGACGACGAGGACGAGCUGGUGGGGAGUAACCCUCCACAAAGAAACUGGAAGGGAAUAGCGAUCGCACUGCUGGUCAUCCUGGUCAUCUGCUCCUUGAUCGUCACCUCGGUGAUCCUGCUGACUCCAGCGGAAGAUAACAGUUUGUCUCAAAAGAAGAAGGUCACCGUGGAAGAUCUCUUCAGUGAAGAUUUCAAAAUUCACGACCCCGAGGCGAAGUGGAUAAGUGAUAAAGAAUUCAUCUACAGAGAACAGAAGGGAAAUGUGAUACUGCGGAAUGUUGAAACAAAUAUUUCUACAGUGUUAAUAGAAGGCAAAAAAAUUGAAUCAUUAAGAGCCAUCAGAUAUGAAAUAUCUCCAGAUAAAGAGUAUGCUCUUUUUUCAUAUAAUGUGGAACCAAUCUAUCAGCACUCCUAUACUGGAUAUUACGUCCUGAGCAAAAUUCCUCAUGGGGAUCCGCAAAGUCUAGACCCCCCGGAAGUCAGCGACGCGAAGCUUCAGUACGCGGGGUGGGGCCCGAAGGGUCAACAGCUGAUAUUUAUCUUUGAAAACAACAUCUACUAUUGCGCGCACGUCGGGAAGCAGGCCAUCCGCGUGGUCUCGACGGGGCGGGAAGGCGUCAUCUACAACGGCCUCAGCGACUGGCUGUACGAAGAGGAGAUUUUGAAGACCCACAUCGCCCACUGGUGGUCCCCGGACGGCACGCGGCUGGCCUACGCUGCCAUCAACGACUCCCGUGUGCCGGUCAUGGAGCUCCCCACCUACACCGGCUCGGCCUACCCCGCCUCCAAGCCCUACCGCUACCCCAAGGCUGGAUGUGAAAACCCCAGCAUCUCCCUGCAUGUCAUCGGCCUCAAUGGACCCACCCACGACCUGGAGAUGACGCCGCCUGAUGAUCCGCGAAUGAGGGAGUACUACAUCACCAUGGUGAAGUGGGCCACCAGCACCAAGGUCGCCGUGAACUGGCUGAGCCGGGCGCAGAACGUGUCCAUCCUCACCCUCUGCGACGCCACCACGGGCGUCUGCACCAAGAAACACGAGGAUGAAAGCGAGGCCUGGCUCCACAGACAGAACGAAGAGCCCGUGUUCUCCAAGGACGGCCGGAAGUUCUUCUUCGUCAGAGCCAUCCCGCAGGGAGGUCAGGGGAAGUUUUACCACAUCACCGUGUCCUCGUCCCAGCCCAACAGCAGCAAUGACAACAUUCAGUCCAUCACGUCCGGGGACUGGGACGUGACCAGGAUCCUGUCCUACGAUGAGACACGGAAUAAGAUCUACUUCCUCAGCACGGAGGACCUGCCGAGGAGGCGCCAGCUCUACAGCGCCAACACCGUGGGCAACUUCAACCGGCAGUGCCUCUCCUGCGACCUGGUGGACAACUGCACCUACUUCAACGCCGCCUUCAGCCCCGGCGCCGACUUCUUCCUGCUCACAUGCGAAGGUCCUGGGGUCCCCACGGUGACUGUACACAACACCACAGACAAGAAAAAAAUGUUUGACCUAGAAACAAAUGAACAUGUGCAGAAAGCCGUGAACGACCGCCAGAUGCCUAGAGUAGAAUACAAGAAAAUCGAGAUUGACGAUUACAACUUGCCGGUUCAGAUCCUCAAGCCAGCGGUCUUCUCCGACACCGCGCACUACCCCUUGCUGCUGGUGGUGGACGGCACCCCGGGGAGCCAGAGCGUGUCCGAGCGGUUUGAGGUGACCUGGGAGACGGUGAUGGUGAGCAGUCACGGGGCCGUGGUGGUCAAGUGUGACGGCCGGGGCAGCGGCUUCCAAGGGACCAAGCUCCUGCAUGAAGUGCGGCGGAGGCUGGGCACCCUGGAGGAGAAGGACCAGCUGGAGGCUGUGCGGCUGAUGCUGAAGGAGCCGUACGUCGACAAGACGCGGGUGGCCGUGUUCGGGAAGGAUUACGGCGGGUACCUGAGCACGCACCUCCUCCCCGCGAAGGGUGAGAGUCAGGGUCAAGUUUUCGCCUGUGGCGCAGCUCUCUCUCCAAUAACAGACUUCAGACUCUACGCGUCUGCCUUUUCCGAGAGGUACCUGGGCCUCCACGGACUUGACAACAGAGCAUAUGAGAUGGCCAAGGCGGCACCCCGGGUGUCGGCGCUGGAGGAGCAGCAGCUCCUGAUCAUCCACGCGACCGCCGACGAAAAAAUCCAUUUCCAGCACACAGCAGAACUCAUCACCCAGCUAAUUAAGGGAAAGGCUAAUUACAGCUUACAGAUAUACCCGGACGAAAGCCAUUACUUUAACAGCGCCUCCCUGAAACAGCACCUCUACCGCUCCAUCAUCAGCUUCUUCGUGGAGUGCUUCCGGAUUCAGGACAAGGUCCCGACAGUCACAGCAAAGGAGGAGGAGGAGGAGGACUGAGCACAGGAGCCCGAGGCUCAGCUUGGCUCUUCCUAGAACCGCGGACCCCCGGGAACCCCCGCCCCUCCCCACAGAGGCCGGUGGGGGGCAGGGAGUGUUACCUUCUUAGCAUGUGUGUCUCUGGUUCUGAAGGCAGUUGUACUUCAGAAACAAGCUCCUUCCCGGGUGGAGAUGCGUCGUCACUCACGAGGGCGUCCCCGGAGCCCGGAACCACCGCUGCUCUCCCCCCCCCCCCCAGAGUGACCGGUGCAUCCCGCAACCCCUCCCCAAGGAACAAGGCAAAGGACGAACGGCAGUGAGGAAGCUGGCCCUGGACUCCCCACUCGCAAGCAGAGCAGUGAGACCCAGCCUCCGCCGGGCACCACGGCCCCCCCGAGCGUCACACGCUGUCUGACGCCCCCGCGCCGGGAGCACCCAGAGCGCAGCUGCGCUGACAGCGCCUGCUCGUAGCUUGGCUUGCUCAGCGCCCUCGCGGGCCGUGCAGAGUGUUCCCGUAGCUAUGCUAAUGGUCAGCUUCCGGAAUUAAUUCGUAUUUUUCUAUGGUUUUUACCUGACGCUGUCUCUGGUCACGGGGUGGUUUUGCUGUGCUUUUUUGUUUUGUAUUGUUUGGCUUUGUUUUGUUCGGUCAAUGUGUAGGCUUUGCGCUUGUGUGGAGAAGGAAACGGAUCAGAAGUAACUAACUACUCUCUCCUCGAGGUCAUCUUUAGACUUUGUGGAAGCGUUUCAAAACGCUGACAGGAACAAGCAUCCAAUACUAUUCACUAAAAAUUCAUAAAUAAAACCUCUCUCCCACCAGGCCGCAUUAGGAUUUGGCUUAGAGUCGCAUUGUCCGUUUACAUAUAUUUUUAACCCCAUCCUUUUCCUCCUUGGUAAGUUGUCGAGUCUUCAUAUGCAUUUGGUUAAAGAGACAAAGUGUUGACCCCACCUCCAGGUCCAUCUCAUGUGCUGGGGUGACAGAGGCCCUCGAGGAAGGUGGGGGCUGGUGUUGGUGUCACCCCCACCCUGGGGGGUGGCCCUGUCCCUCGUGCCGCAUGCCAGCAGCCACAUCGAUGCUCUGUGCUAGGCUUGUAAGAUAGCCUCUGACCACGCGUACGUAUGGCCAGCACCCCGUGCACAUUUCCUGGUGGUGUAUAUAAAGGCAGGAUGCUGGUCAGACGUGGCGCCGCGUCCCCUGCCCGCCGCCCCGGUUCUCAGCGUGUUUGGCUCACGUGCCCGCUCUCGGGCCGACCUGGCUCUCGAGAAGUACUAGUGUGAACAGACCGUGGCCUCGGGAGCCCUCGACAACCCUGAAUGUUGGUUCUGAUUUCUCCAGCUUCUGGUCCUGCUGAGGGUCCACAACACCUUGUCGGCAGAGGAGACACGUCCACGUCGCUUUGGGGGCGGGGGUUUCACUUACACGCGCUUUGAACGUCAGCUGCGGUUAGCUGGAUUAGAAGAGCUCCGUCACGGGUUUUUCAAGGUGAAGCAUCACCCUUUGGGAUGAGGAUGAAUGGGCUGACCACCCUCCGCACACUCUGGCCGUGCUCUGCCACUUCGCGGGCUCGACUACUGCCAGGCCAGUCGGUCCGAAAGGACACGCCGGCCCCGGCCACGAGGUCUGGCGGGAGGGCAGCGGGAGCGCGGCGUGGUAGUGUUUGCUCAUCUGUGGAAUAAAACAGCAUUUUCUUUUG